AUGGCUACAGGAAAGAGCUACGCGGAGAAGGUGGUCAUUGUGACCGGGGGCGCGCGGGGCAUUGGAGCCGGUAUUGUGCGCGCCUUUGUGGCAAGCGGGGCCCAAGUGGUCAUCUGUGACAAGGAUGAGCGUGGGGGCCGGGCCAUGGAGCUAGAGGUCCCUGGCACUGUCUUCCACCACUGUGAUGUCACUCAGGAGAAGCAGGUGGAGACCCUGAUAGCUGCGACUUUGCACCGUUUUGGCCGCCUGGAUUGUGUGGUCAAUAACGCUGGCUACCACCCACCCCCACAGUGGCCAGAAGAGACCUCCUCCCGGGACUUCCGGCAGCUGCUGGAGCUGAAUCUGCUGGGAACAUACACGGUGACCAAGCUUGCCCUGCCCCACCUGCGGAAGAACCAUGGGAACGUCAUCAAUAUCUCCAGUGUGGUUGGAGCCAUUGGCCAGCUCCAGGCAGUUCCCUACGUGGCCACCAAGGGGGCGGUGACAGCCAUGACCAAGGCCUUUGCCCUGGAUGAAAGUCAAUAUGGUGUCCGCGUUAACUGUAUCUCCCCAGGAAACAUCUGGACCCCGCUCUGGGCAGAGCUGGCAGCCUCAACUCCAGACCCUCAAGCCACCAUCCAAGAGGGCACCCUUUCCCAGCCACUCGGCCGCAUGGGCCUGCCGUCCGAGGUGGGGGCUGCCGCCGUGUUCCUGGCGUCCCAGGCCAACUACUGCACCGGCAUCGAGCUGUUUUUAACUGGAGGUGCUGAGUUGGGAUAUGGAAAAAAGGCCGGUCCCAGGACCCCAGUGAAUGUGCCCACCAACACUUUCUGA